AUGCGCCCUACGCUUUCAGCAGUUUUCGCCAGUGUUAUCACUGGCAUCUCAGCGUCUCCGAUCACCCCUAACACAAGCUCCCAGUCUCGUGUCCGGCAGCUGGUUGAGCUUCCGGGCGUGUUUGUCGAAAACCUCGCCGUCAGACCUAACGGAAACCUCAUUCUCAAUACCAUCAGCCAGGGCCAGAUCUACUCUCUAGAUCCUUCUCAGAAGAAUCCAGAGGCCCAUGUCGUCGCCAGCAUUGAAGGUGUCAACGCACUCACUGGAAUCACUCCCGUGGGCAAGGAUGUGUAUGCUGUAGCUGGCAGCAACCUCGACACGGACGCGGCUCAGUUCCACAAUGGAUCCAUGAAGAUUGCGCUCGUCAAUUUUGAGAAGUGUGGAAAAUCUGCUGGCGAAACGGCUUCUGUCAAGGUCAUCAUUGAAGGGACGGACAUCGGUCCUGUGAAUGGCCUCACCACCCUUCCCCGUCACCAGCACAUCGUUCUCGGCGCAGACUCCACAAGGGGAAAGAUUGUACGCAUAGACACGGCAAAGCGCACUGCGGAGGAUAUUUUCCAAGAUGAUCUGCUGGCGCCUGUACCCGACCCUUCAUUCCCUCUGGGUGUCAAUGGCAUCAAGAUCUUCAAGAACCAUCUCUACUUCACCAACACGGCCCGGCGGAUCUUUGGACGAGUCAAGAUUGACCAGUUUGGCAACAAAGUCGGAAACGUGGAAAUAAUUGCCCAACUUCCCGCAGGUUCAGCCGCCGCACCAGACGACUUUACCAUGGACAAGCACGGCAACGCUUACGUCGCGUUCUGGACAAACUCGCUUGUCAAGAUUACUCCAGAUGGGGAGCGAGUCACGAUUUUGGAAGGUGUGCUUGCAAGCCCUACUAGCUCGGCCUUUAGCAAGGAUGGGCGGAGUGUCUACGUCGGCACCGCAGGUCGGGGUUCUGAGACCGUGUCUGGUGGACAGGUAGUCGAGGUUCGGCUCUAG